GCGAAAAUACACACACAGUGUUUGUUCGGCCUUUCAGCGAGUAACAGGUUAUCCCUUCGCGACUUCAGCCUAUAAGAAAAGUUUAAAUAGGCCAGGACGAGUUGCUGCAGAUGUUAAAGAUGCCAGCGCAGUCGAGAGAAGCAAAAAUGAAAUGCACUAUUCCGGAGAUCUCCUGGCACAACCGGGGCCCGGUACUCAGUGUCGACAUGCAGAUCGGCUCCUCGAAAACGCCAAGUGGCGAGGUCUUCUGGAGGCUGGCAUCUGGCGGCGCCGAUUCCCACGUUCUGAUCUGGCACGUCACAGUUAAUGAAGCUGGCGAAGCAACAGUCUCUUGCGUAGCAGACUUGGAAAGACACCAGAGGACUGUGAAUGUUGUUCGCUUUUCACCAUCAGGAGAAAUGCUGGCAUCUGGCGAUGAUGAAUCUGCCAUUAUACUUUGGAAGCAAAGAGAAGGAUCAGAAAUUCCUCUUCUUCCUGGUGACGAUAUCCAAAACAAGGAGCAAUGGAAUUCCUGGAAGGUCCUUCGUGGUCAUGUAGAAGAUGUUUAUGACUUGAGCUGGUCACCAGAUUCAAACUGUCUAGUUUCAGGCUCUCUAGACAAUUCAGUUAUUCUCUGGAAUGUGCAUAAAGGCAAAAAGAUUGCUAUGCUGUCCGAUUAUAACAAAGGAUUUCCUCAGGGAGUAACUUGGGACCCAACCAAUAAAUUUAUAGCUACUAUAAGCUCAGACAGGAUUUGUAGAUUGAUUGAUGUCACUGCAAAGAGAACAGUGCAGAGAGUGAGCAAAUCAAAGAUCCCUACUCCUGCUGGACAUCCACUUGAAGGAAAAGUUGUUCGUCUUUUCUAUGAUGACACUUUCAAGUCCUUUUUUAGAAGAUUAACAUUUACUCCAGAUGGCUCAUUACUCAUUGUCCCUUCAGGUAUUAUUGAGCCACAAGAAUCAACUGAUAAGGUUACCAAUUGUACAGUUAUCUUUUCAAGGCAUAAUUUGAAAGAACCUGUGGCGAUUCUUCCAUCUUUUGAUGAAGUAACAAAUGCUGUCAGAUGCUGUCCAGUGUACUUUAAAAUUCGAGAAGAUGGUCCUGCACCAAUGGUGGCCUUACCCUACAGAAUAGUAUUUGCAGUAGCAACAGACAACUCUGUAAUAAUUUAUGACACCCAACAAAUUUCACCUGUUGCAGUUAUUUCUAACAUUCAUUACACACGGCUUACAGAUAUCACUUGGUCGUCGGAUGGCAAAGUAUUAGUUGCUUCAUCAUCUGAUGGUUAUUGUUCAAUAAUUCAUUUUCAAGAAGGUGAACUCGGAAAAGUUUAUAAAAUGCCUCCUCAAAAAGUGACGAAAUCAAAUAACGUCAAAGAAGCGCCAACAACGCCAGCGCCUUUUAUAGAACUAGAUGUUAAUGCCGUUGAUAUUGACAUUUCAAAAUCAAAAUCAGCAGUGAAAGCCAACGAGGAUAAGCAGAAAACCGAAGAUAUCAACAAACAGAAAACCCAGGAGAACAAAAAUAUUGGAGAGAAUAUUAACUCUGUAGAAGAUAAACCAGUUCGAGUGGAAACGGAAAGUAAUAGUAACACUGACCCUGACGAAACAGAAGAUUUUCAAUUAGUUUUAGAGGAUACAGUCGUGGAAAGUGAAAAGCCUAACAUCAAGGCCACACCACCCAAGACUGAAAAACCACCAGCCAUUAUAUCAUCAGCGAGAACGCCACGGAGGGUACAGUUAAUAACGUUAUCAAGUCCGAAACGAACGAAAGCCGAUUAAUCUCUUCAUGUAUGUACAUACAAUGUUAUACAUCUUUAGGAAUAGAUUAUUGUGAUAAAAUUAGUUUACAAAAUUUAUAAAAACGAGCGUUUAUUCUUUCGACGUAUAAAAUAUCGUACAAAAUUUAUACUUGAUUCUUUGAGAAAAACUUCUUUUUAUCCACUGGAUUAGGAAUAAUCUGAAAUAAGAGGAUAAAAAAUUAACAGGGCAUUUUGUAGCUAUUUUUUAUAACAAUCAGACGAAAUACUCGAAAAAUGUUAUGAAAAAGUCGAGUAAAUCUAAAUAUUCUAAAUCUGCCUAAUAAAAGCAUAAAGCUUCAACUUAGAGAUAAAAAAAAAACAAGAUUGUCUUACAGUAUCCUGUCCCGGUUUCCAACCGGCUGGACACACUUCACCGUGCUCAUCAGUAUAUUGGAAAGCUUGCACAAGUCUAAGAGUUUCAUCGACCGAUCGGCCGACUGGAAGAUCGUUCAUUGUUAUUUGUCGCAAAAUUCCUUUUCCGUCUAUGAUAAACAAUGCGCUGCAAAAAUAUUUUUAUAUUGAACAUAACACUGACUGAAAGUUGAAAAUCUUUUGAAUCAUAUCAAUCGUAUUUUAAUGAAAAAAUAUCAAGUCCUUCUUGACUUGAUUCGUUAUAAAAAAAAAUCAUGACAAAAAAAUGAAAUGUUUUGUAAUAUGAGAACAGAUGUAUUAUGCAGGUUAAAUGUUUACCUAUUAUAGUAUUUUAUAUAAAAAUAAAAAAAUGAAAUAAAAAUAUUAAACCAA